GAGAAGUGAAGAGAGACAAGUCCUACCUCCCAGGAGGGAAGAUGGUUCAGACUCCAUCAGGGAAGAAUAGACUCAGGAGAGACAGAAAGUUACAGGCUAGGAAGUUGUUCCCUCUUGGGUGCAUCAGGAGACAACUAAGCUAAAACAUUUUCUGAGUAGGUAUCAUACUUCAAUUGAAUGAAAGGAGAGAAAAAGGUCAUUUUAAUGAUACAAUCAGAGGUUAGGAGUAGAUGUUUUGAGAGUCAACCCAGAAAUCCCAAGGGUUCAAUGAUGAUGAAGUUUGAAGAAAAACAUGAGGGCAGUGGGAGUCUUGUAGGAAAGAGACAGCCCUAUCUAGGUGAGAAGCAUCAGGGGAACUUGAAACCAGAGGCAAAUGAGAAAGCCGAGGCUUCUAUGAACCAAGAGGCAAAUGGGGACUGUUGUGAGAAGCUCAGACAAAUCCUCAACAGGUACAGCUGGCAGGAGAUACAGAAACACAAUCAGAAGGCUGAACAGUGGAUAGUGAUCAGUCGCAAGGUCUACAAUGUUACUGGCUGGGCCAACAGGCAUCCAGGUGGCCACCGCAUCCUCAAUUACUGUGCUGGGGAAGAUGCUACGGGCAUAUCAAGAAACUGGUGGAAUCAUGGACACUUCCAGCGUCAUGUAAAACCAAACAUCUGUUCCAAAGACCAAGAUAUUAACCUGGGCUCAAUUAUUCUGUUUGGAGACAUUCAACCUGUUGAGAGAAAGAAGAUUUGUCUCACUGAAGUUCGCGAAGCAGCACAACCCUCUCCAGAAGUGCCUUCUUUAGAGUCAUAUUCAAUAUGCGUGUUGCCUCUUCACAAAUGGUGGAAGCCACCUCGCAGUAUGGCAAGAAGAAAAUCAAAUACAUCAACUAUGAGAAGCAGCACCUGUUAUUCUACACGGGUGAGUCUCCUUGCAGCCACAUUUCUUCUCAUUCCAUUUCCUUGAGGCAAGCAGUUGUCAAGCCAGAAGGCAGACUGGAACCCGCCAACAGAGACAAGCCACUGUCUUAUUGUGACUGAGAAAAGCAGCAUGUCUUCUUUCAGACUUCCUGGGGUGAAAAUCUGGAAAGGAAAAUGGAAAAGCAAAUAGGAAUUUUUAAUAGUCAUCUCAUCACUCUGGGUAUGAGGCAGGGAAGGAGAUGCUCCAAGAAGGAUGGAAGGCAGGAUGUCAAUCAAGGGGAUUUGCAUCUGGGACUCUCAUCCUGGGUAGACUAAAGACCUGUCAAGAAGAAAAGAAUAGCGGUAUUGGAUCAGGAGAAAAGACAGAUAGCAAAAGAAUGCCAAAGCAUGGACAGUAUGAUGCCAGGAAAUGUAGAGGUCUGGGAAUAAAAGACAGCUAUAGAGCUUCUGUGUGAAAGAAAGUUGGCUGUUCCCAGGGGUUACACAUUACUGUAGAAGAUAUCUUUGUGGACAAUAAUAUAUAUACAUAAUUUGGAUAUACAUGUGUACCUGCUAUGUAUCUAUAUCUAUCUAUUGAUCAAUGAGUAAGAUUGAUACACACACACACACACACACACAUAUAUAUAUAUAUAUAUUUAUAUAUUAGGUCUGAAUGUGGUUGUGGCUGAAAAGAAACUAGGGUAACUAUUAACACUGGCAGUAAUGAAAAACAUCAGCGGCAAAAAUGCUUUGCUCUUAAUCAAAAUCAAACACAUAACAGCUCACAAGUAAAAGUUCAUGGAACCUCAAAAUAUGCUCAUCUAAACAUUCAGGAAAUAAGCCCAAAUCAGGGAAUGUCCCAAACAUCUCCUGUAGAUUAGUGGUUCUUCACCAGGAGUAACAUUGCUGCCAAUGGGACAUCUGACAAUGUCUGGAGACAUUUUUGGUUAUCAUAACAGAGAAGAAAAUAUGGUAAUAGCUUCCAGGUUUGUAGAAAGCCAGGGACGCUGUUAAACAUCCUACAGUACAUAGGACAAUGCCUAACAAUAAAGAAUUAUCUGGCCCAAAACGUUCACAGUGGUAAGACUGGGAAACUCUGUUGUGGAUGCCUGAUUUGCCCAGAUGUUGGUUGCCAGUGGUCAUCGGUAACAUGCCUGAAAAGAGUGGCAUGUAAGCUCAUAUUUUGAGAUAUGGGGGCAACUUCCUCUGCUGUGCAUGCUGGAAUUUUGCAGCCCCUUCCUGUGGUAGUCACCUUCUCCUUUUCUUGCAUGAUCAAAAAGAGGAAUGAGGACAACAGUGCCCCAUUUUGACCAGAAUAUGACCCCCAGCCUAACUAGAUGUGUGUUCAUGUAAUAAAAAAGCAGUUGAAGUUUCAUUUCUGAACUCAUCUCCCAUGUCUGUAGUGCUGCAAUAUGCCCUUAGCUUAUGAAGAAUGAAUAAAGGGUGUGGAUUGACUGAAGAAUGCCCACCUCACAAACUAUACUACUCUCAGCAGCUAUUUCACUAUAUCCUUUCCCUUCAAAUGACAACUUAGUAACAUGGGUACAAAUGAGUCAUCCUCAAUUUGUCAAAGAGAAACUGAGUUAGUCUUUUCUUAAACGUGGCAAGACAGAUUUUAUUCAAGCUACUGCUGUAGGAAAUGGAAAAUUCAGUAUAAGUGGAGCUCAACUCUGGUGAAUCAAGAAGUGGGAGACCUUAAAGCCUGGCACAUGAAAAGGAAAUUACUGAAAGACGUUGAGGGGAGGGGAAGCUCCUCAAUGUGAUUAGGAAAUCUGUGUUAGGCUCCUACCCUCCCACAGAGACAUGGAUGCAGGGCCCUAUCCUUCCUGAUGAUUAUCUUUCCAAAGGAUGACUCCCAGGACCUUGAGAAAGAUAUUUCUGCAUGUAGAAGAUACAUCUCAAAGGGACAUAGAAAAGGUUUAUAGUUGUAAGUUUUCUAGCAGAAAUGAAAAGGGAGGUCAGAGGCCCAUAGUCACGUUUUGGCUUAAACAAGCAGUACCUUCUGUUGACAGUCUUGACUUUUCUCUGGAGGGACUUUAAGGGGGCAGGGCUCAUCCCAGAGAUGUGGCUUUGACCUGUUAGAAGCUAUGCUGGUGUUUGUUCCAGUCUCUUAUUGUGGAGGGUGGAUGAAAUCUUUCUUGCUCAGAGUUUGCAGUUUGAGAGCUUGUAGACCAAUGCGAGGCCUAGUGAAGAAGAGGAUUCAGAGGACUUGACUAAAGUUUUGUCAAGGAGAGAGUCUGUCAAAACCAAAAGGGUCUCCAUAAAUGCCUUUGUGCUCCAGGCAUCCUCAUUGGUCUUAGCAGAGAAGCAGGUACAUAACCCUUUACCCAGGCGAUGAGUACACCUUCUUUAUUUCUGCCACCUUGACAUACUGUGACAGUGAUGAAUCCUAAAGAAUGUGAAGGACUGAUGGAUUCCAUAGACCUUGAGAAAACUUGAAAGCUCACAGAAGAAGCUCUUCCAGGAUGCUUCCAUCAAGAAUGACCCAAAUCUUCAAAGCUUCUCUAGUCUCCUUGUGGGAGUUUUAACCAAAUUCCUGGUUCAUCCUAAGAGACUGAAAAAGCCUGGUGGAGUCUAGGAUGUGGUUAUGCAUCUCCACCUUGCAUUCUUUCUCAGGUUCAAAAUUCCAGGUGUGGUAUGGGGAAAAGAUAGACUCCUGCUCACUUGCAAUCACAAUCUGCUCAUUUAUUCACCAUCUUUUCUUUUGUACUUCUUCAAUUGCUCUUCCCUUCUUCAUGCCGAUAUAUGUGAACGUGCAAUCCAUACAACAGUGGUACUUCCGAAGGUAUUGGGGCGUGAGUAACUUGACUCAUUCUCUGAAGCUAGAUCAGGUUGAAAAUGGGAAAUGAAAAUGCUUUGUCCCUUCCAGAUGUAACUUCCUUGAGUAACAGGACAUAAGAUUUAGCAAGUAUGUGAAGGGACCCUAGCCUAGAAAAGGGGAAUUGAAAUUGUGUUCAGGGCAUUUAACUUUUGAGCAUUUGUCUCUGCCGGAAUUUGCCUGGAUCAGCAGUUUUUACAUCCGCUAUUUCAUCAUAUUUGGCCAUUUCUAUGGAAUCUUUGGAACCCUAGGGCUUAUCUAUUUAGUCAAGUAAGAAAACAAGAAUAUCCUCUUAUUCCAAUAACCUGGAUGAUCCUCUUACCUUCCUUGUCUAAUCAAUUUGUGAUGGGCAGAAGAUUAUGACACUAUGCCCCCCUUCUCUAUAACUGCAACAUUAUCAAAAAAGUGUGAAAAAAACUGGUAGAAAUAGUUUAAUACAAAGAGCUACUUGGAAAAACAUUAGCCAAUCUUCUCUUUUUUCCCCACUUUCUUCAUUCCGAAUUGCAGUAUUCCAUCUAAUCUCAAAUUAUUUAAAAUUACAAUCCAGUUUGACAUCCAUAAUCUUUCCCAAAGAUAAUAGAAUGAGAGGAAUAUUUUAAAGUUACUUUAUGACUAGAGAUUUCCCAAAAACCAAAGUCAGAGAGAUUGAAUCACUUUCCCAAGUUUCUAAAGCCAGUAAGUGCCACUGGCAGUACCAAACCAGAGAUUGGAACCAGCUCUACCUGAUGAAAAAUCUCAGGCUGUCAAUCCUUUUGAAUAUGCAGUUAAUUUCCCUAGAUAUCUUUUGAUCCUGCACCAAUGUUUACAGCAAAUUAUUGGGCCACUGCUCUCAUACAAUAGGCAGUAUGACAAGUUAUGAAAACAAAUGUUUAAAGUGUCAUCUCUAGAUAAAAAUAGCAACAAAUGAUUACCAUUUUUGAAGAAUUGUUGAGUCUCUUCCAUUUCCUCCAAUUCUUAGCUAGGUCUUGCAGGCUGGUGAUUGGAACCAUAGCACCCCAUGGAGUCACCACUUCCCCUUUUAUUCUCUGAAAGGUCUCUUGAGAGUCGCUGGAUAGUAUAUGUCACCCAGAUGAGCCACGUACCAAUGAAAAUGAGCAGAGAAGAGAAUCUGGACUGGCUCAGCACUCAGGUAAUAAUGAAGAUCCUGGAAGAAGAUACUUCAGACCAUACUGAUUAAGAGUCUGGUUACCUCAAGUGAUAAUAAUUAAGAGGCUGGCCAGGUGGCAUAGUGGUUGGGUUUGCAUGCUCCGCUUUGGCGGUCUGGAUUUCUUGGGUUCAGAUGCCGUGUGCAGACCUACACAGCACUCAUAAAGCCAUGAUGUUAAGGUCUGUGACAUAACAUAUAGAGGAGGACUAACACAGAUGUUAGCUCGGGGAGAAUAUUCCUCAAAGUAAGAGAGACAGAUUGGUAACAGAUGUUAACUCAGGAUCAAUCUUCCUCAACUCCACUGAAAAAAUAAAUAAUAAUAAUAAUUCAUACUUACCAAAUGCUUGCCUGUGGCCUCGCACUGUCUACUUCUUUGCAUGCAACUACAUACGGGAGGUGCUAUGAUCAUUACCAUUUUAUAGAUGAGAAAAUUGAGGCAUGAAGAAGUUGAGUAACUUACCUAAAGUAACACAGUUAAUAAGUGGUAGAAGCAGGUCUUAAACCUUAGCAGUUGGAUGUCAGAGCUCUUGCACUCAAGCAAAGGUCAAUAAAUUUCAGUCCAAGGGCAAAUCCAGCUCACUGCCUGUUUUCAUAAGUACUGUUUUAUUGGAACACAGCCAUGCUCAUUCAUUUACAUAUUAUCUAUGACUGCUUUCAUGCUAUGACAGCAGAAUUGAGUAGCUGUGGCAAAGGAUUAAAAUAUUUCCUCUCUGGCACAUUGUAGAAAAAGUUUACUGACUCCUGCUUUAAACUUCCACAUGACAUGGCCUUUCAAGUGAAUCUGAGACUCCUAGAAUUACAGAAUGAAUUUUUCUCCUUGAAAGACCCUAGAAUUCACCUCCUUUCAAUGUAUAGGGAGACAGGCCCAGAGAGAAUACAUGACAUGCUCUCCAAGCAUGCCAGGAAUGAUUAACAGAGUUGUGAUCAAGGCGGCACACCCUUGUCUCCUAAGCCUUCCAGUAGCAUGGGAUGAUUAACUCCAGAACCCAGCCAAUAUGCUGCUUGCUUCUCCUAGCUCAUUUCCAAACUCAAGGGACCUUUCAUGAAGUAAAGAAUAGUGGUUCUCAAACCUUUUGGUCACAGAACAAAUUGACAUUUUUGAAAGUUACUGAGAAGCUCAAAGAGCUAUUGUUUGCAUGGGUCAUAUCCAUUGAUAUUUACGGUAUUUGAAAAUAAAAAGGAGAUAUGUUUAAAUAUUGAGUUUAAAAUAGCAAGAAUAAAACCAAUGUACAUAAACAUCAGAUUAAUGAUGCCAUCCCAUGUUUAGUAAACUCUGGAAAAAUCCACCAUUCAUGGAUGAAAGAAUGAGAAUGAAAAGGGUAAAUAAUGUCUUAUAAGAAUUACAGGAACAGUUUUGAAACUGCAGAUCUCCUGAAAGAAUCCUAGGGAACCCCAAGUUUUUGUGACAUACACUUUAAGAAACAUUGACAUAGAACAAAUAGAAAAAUUUCAUUGGAAAUGACAACAACCCCAACUGGAAUUAAACCUUAAAAAGGCAUGGAAUCAAAUGACAUUCGUGAGGGUUCUUAAUGUUGGCAGUCUGGAGAAGCCAAUGAACUCCUUUUCAGAAUAAUGUUUUCUAAAUUCACAAAGUAAAAUUGCAAAGGAAGCCACUUAUAUUUGACUGCACUCCUAUGCACCGAACUAUUGAAUGCCUUACUUCCCAUUUAGGAGUCCUCUCAAUGGAAAUGGAUUCUAACCCCUACAGUCUUUACUAGGACCUUACAAUCCCACUUCCAACUUCUAAAAUCUGCAUUCAUGACACCUCUGACUUCUGUAUUCAAGGGCUGAUAGGGACAUAGCCCCUUCACAUCCUACAUAUGUUUUGAUAUGUAUUGCCUUGCAAAAUGUGUUGUUGCUUUUUUAAAUUGUAAGUUUCU